AUGAACUCAAUGUCGCUUGAAUUCAUCUUGAACGAGUCUGAGGAAGCGCCAGAAUCUCGUCCCUCCAAGCAACAAAAACGAAAGACUGCUUCCGCUAGCCGCAGUGAUCCUGCAACGGCCGACACCAGUGAACAGAGCGCCAAACGACCCGCCCGCGACAACAAGGCUGCCAAGGAGCCUUCGACACCCGACAGGUACGUCGAAGUAAAUCGCGGCUUUCUCAACGAUAGCUUCAUUGACGAUAUGCCUGCCCCCAGGCAGCAGCAUGUGCGGCAGCUGCAGAACCUGCGUCAGCGCCGCUACCGAGAGCGCAAAAAGUCGUCGGCAUCCGCCCAGCAGGAAAAUGCUGAGCGCCUGAAGCAGGAGAACGCAGCGCUGGAGACGGCCAUCUUGGAGCAGUUCAAGUCGCGGAUGUAG